CUUGAAGCUGGCCUGUGAUUGAACUGAUGUUUUUGCACAUGGCCGCCAUCGUUUGCCGUCUAUUGAAUCCACGUUGAUAAAUCCAUCGGUCUCUAUCUCUCUAGGCAUCGAAAGAUGGGAUAGUGUAACAUGUUGUUCAAUGCCUAUUUUUCAUGUUAUCCAUUGCGUACCCCACCAAUCCUCCCGCUCUCACUGCGCUGUUCUGGACGCUUCUUUCCACUAGCGCCGUUUCUUCGAACUGUCUGCCGCAGCUCUAUACAAACGCUCCGCCAGACUAAAUCCUCGCACCUCACCACCCCACUCUCAGCGACCUACUGUCCAGUCCACUUGACAAAGCCUUCUCUGCGCACUCCAGCACACUACUUUCACUCUUCUUUGACGUCUCCGGACCAUUCACUGCCUUUCUCCUGCUUAGUCUUUGCCUUGUCGCCAGACUACCUUUUUGUCCACUUUUUGUCCAGUCUCUGCGCUGUCUUUGGACUGUCUCAUCACUUGCUCUACUCCAGCUUCUAGGUCAGCAAAUCUGCCGUCUCUAGCUCAGUAUCUGCGUUGUCAACAGCCCAGUGUCUGCAUCAUCUGCAUAUCAGCCUCUGUGCCUUUUUCAGACCAGCUUUUGCUCUCUAUUCGACAAAUCUCUGCUCCGUCUUUGGACAGCCUCCGGACAGCUUCUUGACAGCUUUCCCACCAACUUCUACAAAUUUUCCACAUACCCAACUUUACGCUCUCACGCCAAUCUCUACAAAAUGUCUUCCCCAGCUCACGCUGCUGCCUUCUCCAUUGGCUCUAUUCACGUCCGUUAUGACGACAAUACCAUCCCCCAGAUCGCGGCCGAAGUCUACGAUGGCACUGUCCACGAGACUACCUUGCGCCUCUUCUGCUCCUGGUUGAACGAGAACGACAAAAACUUCCACCUUGCCGCCAAGUACAUCCGUGAGCUCAAGCUCCCCGAGGACUAUUCCACCCUCCGCAUCAAGAACUACCAUCUCCGAGCCCUCCUCGACGCUAGGGUGUUCCGACCUAAAUACGAAAUGGACGACGACCCCAACAACCCCUACAUGACCAUCACUGACGCCUUCCGCGAGGAAUCUAAGACCCCAAAAGCAACCCGAUCCCUCCCCCGUCCCAUCCCCCAUCCCUUCUCCACCCCAUCCCGCUCCGCCCAUCCCGCCGUCGCAAUUACGCCAACCUCGACAAUGCAACCGCGCUCGCCCUUCACCACCAUGAGCCCCGCGUGGCGUAGCCUGCGUGCUAGGGCAGUCUCGAAAAACAAGAAACUCAGCAUAGCAGAUAUCCCCAAGCCGCUGUUCCCGCCCGACGUCCCAGAGCGUCCAAAGCCCCUCGUGAGCCCCAGCACCCCGUUCUUCACCCCGGGUGGAGACGCGGUCCCUGCUUUUCCGCCUGCGCGGAUGAAGCAAACCGACGAUCCAUUCGUGGAGAAACGCGGUGCUGGGGCACGCGGUGAAGCUGAGGACACCGCGGCGAAGAACGACAAGCCCUCUCCCGCCGCCGCCACCACCACCACAUCCCCCGCCGUCGAGCGGAAAGAGAUCGAGGACGAGGGCAUCCAGGAGAUUCACGAGGCCCCCGCGAAUGAGGGCUCUACUCCCCCAUACCGCACCCCGCGGCGCCGUUUGCCGCUGCCAGACUUCACUUUCCCGGACACGCGACCGACCUCGGUCGAUAUGGAGGCCUUGGAGCCGUUCGAGGCGUCGUGGAGGAGGACGCACAGACAUCUCCUGAUCUCGGCGUAUGGAAGAGAGAACGCCGUGUUAUCGGAUGUGGAGAUCCAGGUCAUUGAGGAUAUGGCCUUGGCGGAGCGGGCUGCGAGCCCUCAACCCCCUCUUCCUGAGUAAGUAUUCCCCGCGUUUUUUUUGUUUCUUUUCUUUUUCGAUGUUUGUUGCAUGCCAAAGCACACUCGUCGACUAGGAGUAAACCUAGUAAAAAAUCAAUCCUGGUAUGGUUCGUUGGUGAGGGGAGGUUGGGGGUGAAGGUUGGGGGUGGAAGUUUUUUGAGGGCUCUUGGGGGUAUCGGGUAGUGGGAUGAGCGAUGAGUGUUCUUUUUUCUGUGUAUAGUUGAUGUAAUGCUACCUUUGAGAUGGAAGUCUUGUUCAAAUUCACCGUCUAUAUUGUGUACAAGUGGACAAUAGGACCUUUACUUCAUGAUACUUCAUCACCUUGCUCCUAAGGUGUAUGAUCGUAAUUUCUCAGCAUCACAAUUAGCAAAGAAAUACGUAUUCCAUGAUUUUCAUCCUGUCGCAUGUCUAGAAUUAUUAUACGACUGUGAAUCUCUUCAUCUCUUCUUG